AUGUCUGGAAAGCUUUGGUACAAGGCCAUUUUUGCUGGCUAUAAGCAAGGUCUCCGGAACCAGAGAGAGCACACAGCUCUUCUUAAAACUGAAGGUGUUUAUGCUCGAGAUGAAACUGAAUUGGGCAAGAGAUGUGCUUAUGUGUAUGAAGCAAAACACAACACAGUGACACCUGGAGGCAAGCCAAACAAAACCAGAGUGAUCUGGGGAAAAGUAACUUGGGCCCGUGGAAACAGUGGCAUGGUUUGUGCCAAAUUCCAAAGCAACCUUCCUGCAAAGGCCAUUGGACACAGAAUCCGUGUGAUGCUGAGAAAAUGGCUCAUUAAAAGGAAAGAAUUCAUCUUAGUGCAGUGGCAAGAAGGAGCUGUGAAUGCACCUUCAGGAUAUGACCGCCUCAUGUGUUACCAACAGGAAGUUCUGACCAGUAUGAAUGUCACUGAUCUCAUAGCUCCAGCCAAGCAGGGGAAAUUGUGA